AUGCCGCUGGAACGUGUCAACUUAGCUCGUGGCACGGGCGAUGCACCGGCGGGUGCGUCAUCAACCGAUAAGUUCGCGGCGACGCCGGAGGAGCUGCGUGCUAUUCAAGAAAAGAUGAAGGACCCGGUGUUUGUGGAGCUCAUGCACGACUACAUGAGGUCGCUCGAGGACCCAGCGACCCGCCAGGAGGAGGAGGCCUACUUGGAGCAGGCAGAGCGGGAGGCCCGCGAGGGCGGCGACUUCAGCUUUGAGUUCGUCUUCCCUCGUGCCGCCUACGUGGUGGAGCUGCUGGAGCCGUCCAACGCACGCGUCACCGCCGCCGAGGCGAAAGGGCUCGGCGUAGCAGCGGCCUCGACACCCGCAGCGGAUGCACAACAGGCGGUGCGGUCCUUCUUGAACGUUUGCCAGAGUGACAAGGUGAAAGCCUUCACGGAGCACACCACGGGUGACCGCAGCGGCAGCAACUGGGAGGUGCCGGUGUCCGUCUCGCAGCGCAGAGUGGAGGUGUACAACCCGGUUGCCGCUGCACCAUCCGCGCAGAUUCCCGCCGAGUACGCCGCCUCGUCUGCUGCUGCAUCGGAUGCGUCUUCUUCGCCGUCGCAGCUGUGCAUCGUGCACGAUGUGGUCUUUCACCCCGCCACGCUGGAGCUGGCAGAGCGCAGCAACCGAUUCAUGUGCUUCUUGACGGAGAUCGCGGUGGAGCACAUUAACAGCGGGUACGGCGAGACGAACGGAUUCAGGUUCCGCCGCCUGCCGAGCAGCGUCGUGUCCAUCGGCACCCCGCAGAACCAAACGGUGCGCUCGAGGAAGGACGCCGAUCCUUUUGCGGUCGACCCGCGCGAUCCGGUGCUGCGGCAGCCCACAAAGCACUUCCCAGAGAAAACAAUAACGGCUCCUACCACGAAAAAGAACGCGAAGGACUCGUCCUCGAAGUCGGAGAAAGAGCGGUGUGAGUCAACCCCCACAGCAGCAUCAGCAGCAGCAGUGUCAGGUCCCACCACCGCCACGGCCGCCUCCACGUUAGAUGAAGCGAAGCUACCUCCGUACACCAUUGCCCACCGCGGCUCCAUCGAUCUGACCGAUGCGUGGCGCUGGUCCGUCUCAGACAAGCGCAUCGGCGUGCCGGAGGAGUUAAUUGUGAAGCUCACCUUCGCCGACGUGCGACGGGCGGCCGCGCUGGACAUCACCAUCACAUCCGACGGGCACGCCGUGCGCAUUGACCGCACCGAGGGCCAGCCGUGCUACGAGGGAGAAGUGGUGCUGCCGUUCACGGUGGAGGAGGUGCCGGCAGAGGCGCAGUUCGACCGCGCGCGCGGGGUGCUGACGCUGACGCUGAGGGUGGUGCCUCCGGCGCGGCCGGACGGCGUGCCGACCGCAGAGGAGCUGCGCCGGACCCUCCCCGGUGGUGGUGGUGCAGGCGGUGCCGCGAAGGAGGAGAAGAGGGAAAGGGAGGGGGACAGUGGAGAGCCACAGCAGGCUGUGGUCUCUAGGGCAGAGGCUACAGCUACGGCGUCCACCAUCGAAGAGGACAAAGCUGCAGUGGAAGCAUCGCGGCCCGUCGAUCCUCCACCACCUUCAGCGGCGUCGACGAACGUGCCGACCGCAGCGCCGUCACCGCAGGAUGACGCCGCGACGAUGGGAAAGGCUUGUGAGGCGCCGGAGUCGAAGCCAGCGUCCGGCCCAACACCAACAUCGGCGCCUGCAGCGUCUGCCGCCUCGCACAGCAAACCGGAGGUUGCUCACAUUGGCAAUCAAGAUCGUGUGGCUGCCAUGAUGGCGCAGGUGGAGGCGGCGAGAGCGGCGCGUGUAGCCGCUGCUGCUGCGGAAGCUGCGAUGGAAGAGGCGGCGGCGGAGGAAGCCCGAGCGACGUUGCGCGCCACCGAUGAUGCGGUAACAGCGGGUGACACCCACUAUCCCAAGGAGGCACCUCGGAAAGAUAAGGCGGCAGCAGACUCUGCUAGGCCACCAGCUCCACGUGCGACACAGGAGGGCGUCAAGGAGAGAAAGGAAGAGGAGGGUGACAUUCCAUUCAUCCGCAAAGCGGCUGCACUGUCCACCGCAGCCGACGUGCGGACGGGCGGGACGGCGCAUGUGGGCGACGACAUCGACGCGGUGCGGACGCGUCAGCAGGCGUGGGCGGCCAUGAUGGAGGCGGAGAUGCAGGCGGCGAAGGCGCGCGAGGAAGCCGACGCGGCAGCGGCGGCUCGUGCGGCGGAGGCUCAGGCCGCUAAGAUACGUCGGAAGCUGGCUGCUGAGAAGGAAGAGGAGCGUCUGGAGCAGCUGACACAGGCGAAGCGGGAUGCCCUGCCGCUGUCUAAUAAGUAUAUCUUUGCCGUUGACUAA